GGCAAAAUGAAAUCCUACUUAAGAAGCUGGAGGCAAUCCCUUAGGCCACUAUAUCCUCAUAACAAUGUCUCUAGCUAUCAAGCAUUGAGCCAAGGUGAUAGUGAGGAUCAAGUGGACAUGACGAAGGUGUCCUCCGUCCAUGUAACUUCGUUCGCAGAAGAUCCAGUCAUGACGGAACAACUACUUCUCCCUCGCAAACCGGAGGAGUCUUCUAUUGGUUUUCAAGAUGAGAAUCCAUUCAGUGAUCCCGAAACCGCCGCUCACUGGGCUGGAGUCUACGAAAAAGCGGAGUAUGAAUGCCGUCACAUCUUCGAUCCCACCUUGUCGUGGAGCGAGGCAGAAGAGCGGGCAUUGGUGCGCAAGCUGGAUGGCAGAGUAUGCUUAUGGGCUUGCAUCAUGUUCUUCGGGUUGCAGGUCGACCGGGGGAAUCUCGUUCAGGCUGUUGCAGACAAUAUGUUGGACGACCUGAAUCUGAACACAAACGACUACAACCGGGGAAACAUCAUCUUCUUGAUUUCAUUCCUGUGUGCGGAAUUGCCAUCGCAACUUAUUUCGAAAAAGUUGGGGCCAGACAGAUGGAUUCCAUUACAAAUUACCCUGUGGUCGAUUGUAGCAAUGUCGCAAGCCGCUAUCAAGGACAAGUAUGGCUUCUUUAUCACUCGUGCUUUACUUGGUCUGCUUGAGGGUGGAUUUAUUCCUGAUAUGGUUCUGUGGUUAUCAUAUUAUUACAACUCUAGGGAGCUUCCGAUUCGACUGAGCUUCUUCUGGACAGCUCUGUCGGUUACUACAAUCGUCACUUCAUUAUUGGCUUUUGCACUUCUUCAUAUGCGGGGCAUAGCUGGCUGGCCAGGAUGGGCGUGGUUGUUCCUGGUUGAGGGUGCAAUAACUUUCACGAUUGGGAUUGCUUCAUUCUUCAUGAUGCCUGCGUCUGCUGCCCAGACCAAAACAUGGUUCCGACCCAAAGGAUGGUUCACAGAUCGCGAGCUCAGUAUUGCGGUGAACAGAGUGUUGCGUGAUGACCCUUCAAAGGGCGACAUGCAUAACCGUCAAGCUCUAACACUGUUCAACCUCUUUCAAUCCUUGAAGGACUAUAAUUUGUGGCCUCUUUAUGCCAUCGGUCUGAUUGCGUACAUGCCGCAAGGUCCGCCUUCGAGAUACAUUACUCUGAUCUUUAGAAACCUUGGAUUUAGCACUUUUUCAUCAAACUUGUUGGCAAUACCAUACAACGUCUUCCACAUCAUAACACUGAUCGGCCUCACGAAAUUGAGCGACAGACUCAAAGAACGCACACUGGUGUCUAUGAUUCAAAACUUGUGGACAUUACCUUGUGUCAUAGCCCUGAAAUUCUGGUCGAAGUCGAUGACAGACCCAUGGGGUACUUAUGCUUUGAUCACUGUCCUGCUAUCUUAUCCUUAUUGCCAUGCCAUUUUGGUGGGAUGGACGAGUAAGAAUGCCAACAAUGUUGGCUCGCGGACUGUUUCCGCUGCUAUGUAUAACAUGAUGGUCCAACUCGGCAGCGUCAUCUCCAACACCAUCUACCGAGAAGACGACAAGCCGCGCUACGAGCGCGGCAACAAGUGGCUCAUCAUUACGAAUCUGCUUUCCAUCGCUGUGUUUUUGCUCACGAAGCUCUACUAUGUGACCGUUAACAAGCGAAGGGAGAAAAGGUGGCAGAGAUUGACGCUGGAGCAACGCGCUGAGUACACUCGGACGACUACUGAUCGGGGAAGCCAACGACUCGAUUUCCGGUUUGCGCAUUGA